AUGUCGAAGGAAAAUGACUCACCCCAGGAAGGCUCGGCCAAUCCCAAUACUAGAGAUUCGAGGAGGUUGUCACUGUGGCACAUGCCGAUAGCGACACAUACUUCUCCCAGCCCUGACGGUACUGUUCAAGGAGGACGAGGCUCCGAGAAACCGUCCCUCAACGGAACGCCUCUCAACUUGGGAGACGUCCUUAAGGAUGGAUCAUCCGUUGGGGAUGCGCCAGAAGAGGCACGUUCUUGGCUUGUUGGUUUUGGAGACCUCAAACCGGGUACAGACGUCUCUCGCAGAUUCUUGGACCUCCGGAAAGACCAUCAUGACGAUCAAGAGGCCGCCACGUUGCUGUCAUUGCUGAUCCAAUGGAUACCUCUGUGGUCGCACAAGGCAGAGAAGGCCCGAAAGGAGAAUAAGAACUCCAAGUCUGGAUCCCUCAAAGAGCAAAAGAGUCUCGAUUGGUUGCUCCAAUACAUCUGCGACUACCUGGAGCUGGGUCACUCUGAUUUUGAUCCUCUGGAGUUAUCCCGUGCUGUGGAGACUGUCACCACUCUCUGCCUCAAUACUAGCCGUCAAAGCGAUAUCAAUGGAGGCAUAAAUAUCUUAUACACCAUAAUGACCCAUUUUGAAUACCCGAGAAGUGGGCUCGAUCAGACUCUCGUGGUUUUGUGUGCUUCUGCUGCAAACCUACCCGAAUUGCCUGACCACCUAUUUGACUGCGCUCGGAUAUUGGCUGCUGGUGACCUGCAACAAGAUUUCAUGAGUAUACUGUACGCCUUUCUACGGACUCCCACCUUGAGCAACAACAGCAAGAAUCUCUCCCAUGCCCGCGGUGCUACUCGACUCUUGCGGAAUCUUAUCGACGAGCAACACAACCGAGGUGGUUUCAUAUUCGGCUUGGGAGAGUUUUUAGAGCAAUUACACUUUGCCGCACAGCAAGGCAUCUUUCGAUUUUGCCAUGAUAUCCUCGGCUCCUUGCAUGAGAUUCUCUCAAGCAAUCGCCCGAAACCCGAAAUCGCUACCAUUGACUUUACCAAAGCCGUGGAUAUUAUGAGGCUCUGCCUGCAAAUGACUCCUUCAGGUCACCCGCAAGCAACUGUCCUUCGAGUCACUUCGCCACAGAUCAACCCUCAAGAGGACGACAAGGAUCGCCUAUAUGAACGCCACUUCCGAGAUCGAGAGACCAUGGCCAAAAGGCUGUCCCAUGAUUUCAUGAGGUUAUGGGAUUUGCUAUCCCUCCAGGAUCGAGUUGCCGUCCAUGAGCUCUUCCUGAUGUUUCCGCAAUAUGCUGGACAGGCCCAAUUGACAAUUACUCUGGAUUACGCGAAGGACAAAUAUUUGUCGUCUGAAGACCAUAACGUCAGGAGGCAAUAUUCGGACAAAAUCUACAAUGAUAUUGUCCUGAAUUACUCCCUACCCCCAGUCUGUCGUUUGAAGGGUAUCGAAGUCCUCGUCCAGGCUUGUAACUCCACUAUCAGUGCCUCUCCAGAAUCCAGCACAGAGCCCCAUGUCGCAUACACAUGGAUUUUGGACAGGUUACUUGAUCAGAUCGAUGCUGAGCGUGAUCCCCAAGUCUUCGAGACGCUCCUCAAAUCGUUGGACUGCAUGGCUUCAAACUAUCAGGAGGCUGUGAAGGCACAGGCCUCAACCGUUCGCACGGUGGAGAAGCUGCACACGUUGAUCAUUGAGGGUCCUGGAGGACUUGCUUUCAACGACGAUCUUGCAAUUUUGACGACAAAAGUUCUCGUGACUAUUUUCGCUUAUACUAUCCACACCGAUGCUAGAGCAGCUGCGAGAGCCUUUGAGGUCCUGCUAGAAAUAGCCAGUUCGCGCUGCAAAUACCGACCAGCUCGUCUCGUCUCGAAACGCCUCAUUUUCAGGGUGCGAGCUGAUGACGCUGGCUUCGUCUACAUCAGCCCUGCUAGCGAAAGUCAACAUAUCGCCAGUGCACUUGUACGCACGCGAGAAUCCGCCGAAGCUUUCAACAGCGACCUUCCUGCUUCGCAAAGGCAUUCAGCUAGCAGCAGCAGCUUGUCGACCAGGUCGGAUGUUGGUGAACCGUUGUGGAUGUACCCAGACACCGAAGAUGUCUCUUACCCACUUUCGGGGCGAGCAUCUAGCAUCCUUAAUGUUGACAAAGAUGCAUACCCACAGGUGCAAGCAGAACUAGAUAUGGACACAUGGCUUAUGAGCAUCAUACGGUGCCUGCAAGCUGACCAAGAUUGGGAAACUUACGGCUACACCGUCGUCCACGCUGCGGCUCAGUUGAGCAACAUUGCCCUCUUUCUCAACUCCAUCCAAGCUGUCAUCAAGCUGCGCCAAGUGCUCUGUGAACAGAUUGUCAACAAUACCUUCCGAGAGCCACCCUCGUCGACUGGGCUGAAGAAGUCGGACGUUGGCUUGUGCAUGUUCAACAUCUUAGUUACGCUGAUCCCUUAUGCGACAAUGAAGUCUGAAGCCAUUCAGAAGGGGUUCGGAGACGACCUUGUUCGAGCCUUUCUUUCGGGUAUUGGCGGAGCUUGGGAAGGCACAUCGCGUGGCUGUAUCCAUGCACUGUCCCUCUGCAGCCUCGAAAUUCCUUCUUCGGUUGCGACUCUGUAUCCCACCAUCAUUGACAAGAUGUCAAAGAAUAUGACGCAGACUCAUCUCACCACGCAUAUCCUAGAAUUUCUCAUCCAAGUUGCACUGUUACCAGAAAUGCACUCCAACCUCAACCCAGACGAGAUUCAGAUGAUAUUUGGAAUAUGCAUCCAGUUCCUCGAGAAGACGAGAGAGCAGCAGCACUCUUCGGUGGCUUCGCCUCCCGGUAGAAUGAAUCCGGCGUCAAGACAUAGUGGAAUGAAUUUUCGUCGGCCACCAUACCGAGCGGUCAUGUUGGCUGACACCGGGUUACCCCAAUAUGCUGCCGCAUUGGCUUAUCACAACAUGAUCUUUUGGUUCUUGUCCCUUCGACUGGACAUCAGGGCGAAGUAUGUGCCAUGGAUCAUUCCGAGACUUGUCUGGAAAAAUGGACGUGGAGAAGAGACUAUUGACGAGCAGAGCCAGGUUCUGAUCGACAUGAUGCAGAGAACAGCAUUCUCUGACCUCGGAGAGACUUCACCAGACCACAAGUUUGCAGCGCCUGAAGAUGGACCAGUCUCAUCUGCCUCGUGGAUUGUCGGCCUCAGUAUUGUAACCGCACAGACAGCCGGUCAUACUGGGAAGACGCAGAUAACUAAGCGCCAGGCUUCGGGUACGACAUAUGCAAGGUACCAACAGCUGACUGCUCCGCUGCCAUCUCACCACCGACCAGGCUACACUGAGAUUCGGAAUCAAGAAGCCACGACCGAAAUCCUCCCUCCGCAUGUCAUCCUCCAAAUGGUCGCUAGUGCGGCAACACCCACCGCUGCCGACCAGCCGCUGCUUCUACCUCAGGAAGACUUCGUCCAACGGGCCCUUGACAGCUUUGACCGCAUUCCAACCGUGACCAGCCACAAGAUUGGCGUGCUUUACAUUGGGCCUGGACAAAAUGCUGAAUCUGAAUUCCUUGCAAAUACGAGCGGGAGUCCCGAUUUCGACAGGCUUCUCGAUGGUCUCGGUUAUGUUGUUUCGCUUGAGCCACCCCUAAACUUCAACCCUCAAGGCCUGGAAUUCCCGCGAGACGGCAAACAUAGCUUAGCAUGGCGGGACCGGGUGGAAGAGAUCAUUUAUCAUGUGCCCACAAUGAUGCCGACGGAUCUGGAGGACGAUCCUCAGUGUAUCACCAAGAAGUCGCAUGUUGGUAACUGUCACGUCAACAUCGUUUUCAACCGAUCGGGCCUCGAAUGGGAGUUUAACAACUUCAAGUCCCAGUUGAACUAUGUGAAUAUCGUGAUCCGACCAGCCUGCCGCGGCCGAGAAACACCAGAUCCGGAUUUCAUGCCAGGCUUUUACUGGGUUCGGGUUGUGACGAGAGACGAUUUACCUAACAUAUCACCUGCAGCCGAUCCCAAGAUCAUCUCGGCGGCUCAGCUUGGCCCCUUUGUGCGAACACUAGCAUUGAAUGCCAAUAUGUUUUGCCAGACGUGGAACACAAAAGACGACGACUUUGAGUUUCCCAGUGCGUGGAGGGCCAGAUUCCAACAGAUCAAAAGACUCAAAGAGCGCGUGAUGAGUAAAUCAGGUGACAAGCAGGCACCGUCAGCAGGCCCAGUCGCAACCAGCAGCAGCAUUGCGCCGGGCACAUCCAGUGGUAGAAGGACCCCAGUACCUAGGGAGAAGGAUGGCAGUCUAGCAUCCCAGCUAGACUUUAGUUCGUGGACGAUCUAA